AUGUCCCGUACGUUCCAGUUGCAGCUUGUGCGCAAAACACUCACUGACUUGGGCUACGCAGAUGUGGCGGAUAUGCUUGCGCAGCGUCUAGCCGCGGAGCCCGACACGUUUCCUGAGGGUGACUUUGUCGCAGAUCCGUUGCUCCAGCUCAUUCGCGCGGGCGACUAUGACGCUCUCUGCGGUCUCUUUUCAGGGCCUUGCGGUGGAAAUGGUGUGAAAACCGACGUGGCUGAUGCCUCCGAGAACAUCGACGAGCUCGGCUCUGGCCCUGCAACCACUACGUCUGUUGCGUCUUUGAGUGCGAACGAGCGCACGUUGGCCCAUUACUUGGUCUUGCGUGCGUCGUUUCUCGAGCGAAUCUUGUAUAUCGUGCUUGGCUCCGCGCCGCCCGAGGCCGCCACAGAUGCGUUCCGCUUCCUCCAAGAACGCGUCUCGGUGGCGUUCGAUGCCAUCGACAGACACGACGUGAGCGUGCCCUUUGUGCUUAAACUUUCCAAGGAGCGUGAGAGCGCCUUAUUGUUGCCGUUGGCAAUGUCGCCGCCCAAAAGAGACCAGAUAGAAACGGCCUUGUUCAACGCGUCCGUGCUCCUUGCCCUGUCUGAUGGCACCACCUCCGCGCUAUCUGAUUACUCAAAUAUCCCUGACGACUGCCUCUCCGAAAUCAUCCACAAGGCGGCGCUUUAUAACGAGUCGCAGUCGCUCUACCAUUUGCCCUCGCGCGCACUACGUCCAAAAGAGGAGAACCCCAUUGGCGAGUACGUAGUUCUGGAACGUGCCACUAGAGACGACCUCCCUAUCCAUCUAUUAUACACACUCUCUCAUCACACUGACGAGGUGUGGUUUGCGCGGUUUUCGCCUUCAGGACGAUUCUUGGCGACAGGGUCUUUGGAUGGGACAUGUAUGCUCUAUGACGUCACUGACAACUUCAGGCUUCUCGCCGAGUUGGACCCUAAUGCAGAAAACGAGCUCGCAGCAUUUGUCAAGGACUCGUAUGUGCCGCCUUUGGACAAGAAAAAAGGAAUCAUAUACUUUUCAUGGGAACCCCACGAGAGAUAUAUUGUCACAUGCUGCCUUGACACCGUGGUCCGUGUCUGGAACAUUGAACACAUUGUGCCAAGGAGACGCGUCACAAGAUCCAUGAACGGCUCCGAAAGCGCGGUGCUUGUCUCUUGUUUUACUUUAGGUGAGCGUAUGCGUACGUGGCCAUGCGAGUUUCUUAAAUACGAGAAAGAAGCCACUCCGCAUUUCAUAGUGGGCUCGCCAGAUAAAGUUCUUAAGGUGUUUUCGAUUGAUGGAGAGGAAGUCCUAGAUUUCUACAGCGAUGCUGACGAGUGGCUGUCAAUCUUGGGUGAGGAUCCCUCGCCAAUGUCUGCAGCGUCUACGGAAAUUCCCAGUAGCAGCCAGGGCGCAAGGAGAACAGAUGAAGCUAGUCAUGUGUCAUCUGAAGAAACAGGUACUAGUGGUGAUGGUGCCAGUCAAUUCAACCGAAUCAACGAUCUCGCAAUCACACCAAAUGGCAGAGUUCUUAUCACGGCCAAUAAUGAUAAGCAGGUAUUUUUCUACAAGAUACCUAAUCUUUUUGACCCCUCUACCACGACAUUCAGAAUUGCGCUGUUGAGUCUCAACGGGCGCCUUACCUCAUGCAGUAUUUCUGCUGAUGGAAGGUUCAUGCUUCUUAGCAUCGCCCCUGAAGAGUUGCAGCUAUGGGAUAUUUCUCCACUUGAAAAUUUUGAGAAACCGUUUUUGAAACAAAAGUUCUUGGGUCAGAGUCAAACCAUCUACAUGGUGCGUUCGUGUUUUGGAUACCUACAGAGCCCCAACACGAGGGAAGAAUUAGUGCUUAGCGGGAGUGACGAUGGUUACAUUUACAUUUGGAAAGUUGAAACAGGGCAAUUGAUUACACGAGUAAAAGGUCACGAAGGAUUGUGCAAUUCUGUGGACUGGAAUAGGUAUUACUUCUCAAAAACGGGCAAAGAUUACGGCCUGUAUUGGUGCUCGGUGGGGGAUGACAAUCUUGUGAAGAUAUGGGGUCCUAAAGAACUGCACCUGAAAACUACGAAUUUGACAUGUUAG